AUGCAAGUUCCACGGAGCCAUGCAAUGGAAGAGGAGACGCCUCGCCAGCUCGAGGUUGAGUCUCGGACAACAAAAAGCCAUGUAAAGGUGGCCGAGACACAAAGCUCGACUGGGCAUGAAGUUGACCGUGGUGACAAGCCCCUUGCGGCAAGGUUGCCCAGCCGUGCAGAGUCUUUCGCAGAGCUUGGCAGUCUCUCCUGGUUGAAUGCCUUGAUUAGCUGGUUGUGGCCAAGCUUCAACAGGGCAGUAAUGGAUUUCGUGCAUGAGGACCUCAUGCCCAGGCUGCGAGAUGCGCUUCCUUCUAUGUUAAGGCAUGUGAAAUGCUCCCGCUUCACACUGGGCGAGAAAAGCCCGGAGCUGGGACCUGUGCAAGUCUUGGAAUCACCUCACCGAGUGGAUCUCGUUCUCGGAGUGCAGUACCUGAGCGAUGUUGACAUCAGCUUCGAUGCUGGAGGUGGCGUGUCCUUCGGAGUGAGGCAUUUGAUUUGCAACGGCAAGAUGUGUGUGUCACUACGUCCCCUGCUUCAGCGAUUUCCUGUAGCUGGUGCCGUGCACAUGUUCUUUGCCACUGCCCCACAGGUUGACAUCGAGUUCACCGGUUUGGCUUCGCUUGGCCACUUCCCGGGAAUUGAGAAAACCAUUCGGAGGGCCGUUGCCGACUGGCUGAACAGCUACAUCGUCUUGCCGCGGAGCAAGGCAGUGCUCCUGGCAGAUGACGUAGACAAACUCGAGGCUUUGGCGCAACAGCCACUGGGAGUUGCCAGGGUGAAGGUGGUCCAGGCGAAGAAUCUUGCUGGUGUGAAUUGCCAUGCUUUCAAAGAGGAUUGCUUCACAUCUCAUCCGUACUGCAUGCUUUCGCUGGGAGACUGCUCAGUGCGAACUUCGACGGUCUACGACACGACGAGCCCUGUCUGGCCGGAAGAGUCCGCGGGUGCAUUUUUCGUGGUGCACCAUCGGGAGCAGCAGCUUUCCGUGGAGGUUCACGGUGAGACGUCCGCGAGUCUUUUCCAGCAUAACUUCACCGGCUUCCUCGGACGUUUCUCGUGCAGGAUCGGGCAGUGUCUGAGGCGAUGGCCAGAGGGCAAGCCGGGAGUUCGUCGGAACACGCAGAAGCUUGACACGUCCGAGGUGCAGCGUGAGCUCCUGCACGUGGAUGACCCCGUGAAUCGUGGUGUGGCAUCUGUGGUCGACCUGGAAGUGCAGUGGUUCGACUUUGUUGGGGUGGAUGCCUGGGCUGCUGCGGCACCGGCAGUGUUGGAGAUCAAGAUUUUCCAGGGCACCGGCUUUCCGACUGAAUGUAACGCUGGGCGAGGGCUGCGAUGGAGGACAUGGGUUGAUGAGAAGAACGCUAUGGUAAGCCAGAAAGGACACCUCGUGUCAGAUCAGUUGCGAUUUCCGGAUCUUCCCAUCAACCCUCGGCUCUUUCCAGUUAUGGAUAACCUGGAUUCUCGGCAGUACUCUUCAAAGGAAGUGUCUCAGAUCGUGGGCAUUACAGAAGAUUUGGUGCGGACAUACCUGAGGACCAGAGAUGAGUUCAAGAGCAAGCAGGAACAGCUUCGAGAGGUUCAGAGCAAAGAUGAUUAUCGGAUACCGUUGCAGUGGUUCCAAAUCCUUGUGCAUAUCGUCGAUGAUUUGACGGACCUGUCCAGGAACUUGAGCAUGGCAUUGCUGGAUUCACAGGAUAGCGAAGUUGGACGUUUGCCAAGCAUGUCCUUGAGGUCCAUCCUGGAUUCCGGAGGAGAGCCGCCAUUGCGGUCCUGUAUGCUGCAGGGUGUUCCCGACGAGCGUCCAGGUCUGCCUUGGCUUGGCUUUGGCGUUUCUGAAUUGAAUCCUCGCUUCGCCAAGGUUAAGAUGGAUAUUUCUGUGAGAAUCCGCGGGUUGAGAGCAGGACAUUUGCAACGAGUCUGA